UCCCCCCCGGCCGCUCGCUGCUUCCCAGUCCCGAGUCGCCGCCGCUGCCGCCGCCCGCAUCCGCGGCAGGACUGGCCCGCGCGCUCCCCGGGGUGCGCCCACCUCGAUCCCGCGCCCUCCGGGCUCGCAGGGACACCCUCCUCCCCGCGCGUCGCGGCCCCGCCCGGCUCGGCCCCCGCCCCGCGCCCGAGAGCGCCGAGGAUGUGAGUCCUGCCCGCCGCUGCCGGAGCAGCAGCCACUCGCGCGCGGAGCCCGAGCGCAGCGCAGCUCAGCUGCGGGCGCUCGUUGGGUCGCUCGCGCGGGCUGCGCGCUCCUGCCCCAAGCGGUAUCCCUCCCCGGCCUCUCGCCGGCCCCAGCGCCGCGGCAGCCCCGAGGGCCGUCCCCGGCCGGCCAUCCCCGGCCCCAGCGCCGCUGACCCUGUCCUCCGCGGGCGGGGACGCGGGCGGAGGAGGUGCCGCCUCGGAGCCCCCGGACGCGACCAUGUCGGAGGUGCUGCCCUACGGCGACGAGAAGCUGAGCCCCUACGGCGACGGUGGCGACGUGGGCCAGAUCUUCUCGUGCCGCCUGCAGGACACCAACAACUUCUUCGGGGCCGGGCAGAGCAAGCGGCCUCCCAAGCUGGGCCAGAUCGGCCGGAGCAAGCGCGUUGUUAUUGAAGAUGAUAGGAUUGAUGACGUGCUGAAAACCAUGACCGACAAGGCACCCCCUGGUGUCUAACUGCCCCAAAGACAAUGUGUUGAGGGAAAGAAUAAGAAGAGUGGCGGGCUGUGACAGUUACUGACAAAAAGCAUGAGGAGGAGGAGGAGGAGGAGGAGGAGGAGAGAAAGCACUUUGAAAUGUAUUAAUAGCUUGCUACCUGCGAUGGAAUCGACAACCUGUGUCUCAAGUCAGGCGGGGAGACAGAUGAAGUUGGGGGGAGGAGGAGGAGGAGGAGGAGGAGAAGGAGGUGGUGGUGGUGGUAGCAGCCUCUCUGGGCUCCUCUACAAAAAGAAAAGUUAAAAAACACACACACAAAAAGUAAAAAAAAAAAUAAAAUAAAAAAUAAAAAAAUAAAAAUCACUAUAUACACACAUAUAAAAGAAAAAAGUCUCAGUUGCAGCUAUUUGUCAAGAUUAAUACCUGUUUCUUUUUAUAUAUGGUAAAUAUUGUGCAAUUAUAGCUCUGGAGUUUGAACCACUUCCCGAAAGCAGCACCAACCACGUGAAGGUGCUUGUGUUCUCCGCUGAUUUGGCUGUUCCCAAUGUUUACAUAAUUUAAUCUUGCAAAAAUGAUCCUGUGCACUUGGAUGUGACAUGCAGUCUAGUUCAGUUUUAUUUUUUUUUAAUGUUGUUUAUUCUUGGAUGUACAAAAGAAAAUUGGGGGCGGGAGAUGAUCUCUGUUGAUACUGUUGUACUUUGGUCAUCUUUGAAGUUACCGGAAAUGAACCCCAUUUUAAAAGCAGAAAGUAACUUUUCUAUGGACUGAUGCUUGGGAAGGCCCCUUCCUUGUCUUAUUUCCAAGAGACAACGGAAAAGCUUGUGCUUCUUCGUCGCAGUACAGCUCUUUGCCCAGGUUAACACCAACCGUGGGUUUUAUAUGACAGAAAGAAGAAGAAAAACAAAGACAAACUUGCUUGAGCUUUUUUCUAACCUCCCCGUGGGGGGUCUGUUGUGCGAACCCCUCUUUCUUCUUCAAUAUUGUGUCACUUUAUUCAUUCUCUUUAAUGGACUGUAAAAAAAAAACAAAACAAAAAACAAAAAACAACAAAUGUAAUCACAAGAGUGCCAAAUAUCUUGAACCGCCAAAAGGCAUUUUGGUUUCCUUUUGUCCCCUGUGCUCUGAGUCCUGUGUGGGAACACUUGGAGAGUCUUUUCUGUUAUUUAUAGGGGUUCUCUUAAGGCUCGCCAGCUGCCUGUUUUGCAUGAUAUUUGCAAAAAAAAAAAAAUGCCUCUUGCGUGAGGAAUCUUUUACUUUUUUUUUUUUUUUUUUGUUUGCAACUUUGGACCUCAAGAGGUCCCCACCCCUCCCAGUUCCUUCUUUUCUUAAUUCUCUAUUCUGUAUGUUGCACCUUGAACCAGCACACAGGGCUAUUUCUCCAAUGUACAAUAAAGAACUCUUCCUGUGUCUAUUC